GCUGGCUGGUGACAGCCGAAGUGAACCUCUACUAGUCUGUGUGCUGAAUCAACAGUGUAAAUACAGUAGUAACGCUUACUAUUUACGGUUUUUGCAACUUUGAUACGACUAGUUGAUCAAAGAAGUAGGUCAACGUCAUCGACGUGCUGGUGGCAACACUGUUGCUCGGAGUUGUCGGAUAAGUAACGUAACGUUGACGACGUUAGCCGUGAUGUUGGGAGCAUAGCAACAGCUAGGUAACCUCAGGUGUUUACGCUUGAGUAGCUCGUUGCUCUAGUCUGUCACGGGUUGGCCAGGUACGUGGAGGAGAUGGGGGACAUAAACCCAUCCACGUCCCAUGCGUACCAGUCGGAGGGUUUUAGUCCACCAUACAGGAAGAGGAGGACAGUCGAGGACUUUAACAAGUUUUGCACUUUCGUCUUGGCUUACGCCGGUUACAUCCCAUACCCCCAAGAGGACUCUCCACUGCGCAGUAGUUCGAGUCCUCCCAACAGUACAGGCAGCACAGCUGAUAGUGAUGGCUGGACCCCGGGACCCCCAACAUCCUGCCCCCAGCGCCCCCCAAAGGCCCCUCAGGACAGGAGCAGGAAACGUCCACAGCCAGGAUCCACAAUGCCCAGUCACACCAAGAAAGAUCACACAAUCACCACCCUGCACCCAGAUGACCGCAGGAAAGCUGACAAGCUGAAGAAGAAGAAAAGGAGAAAGGAGAGGGAGCAUGCGGCUGGUGAAGAAAGCGGGGUUCAGCAGGCCAACUCAACAGUCCCAGAACUGCAGUACCCCGUCUCCUUUGGUGGCCGAACGAUCAAAGAAGAGCCCGAAGAUGAUUUCAGCAUUCCUCUCCACCCCCAGAAUCUGCCUAGCCCAGCCCUCUGCAAGGAGGAGCCCAAUGAGGAGCGUCGAAACUGGGGCGGUCAAGACCUCGAAGAAGGGGUGGUAAAGGUACAGAAGGUGGAGGGCCUUUCAGGAAAGAGAAAGGUGUUCCGCCAGGGGAAACAGGUGGUGUUCAGAGACGAGGAUGGAUCAGGAGAGGAUGAGGACAUCAUGGUAGACUCUGACGACGACUCGUGGGACCUUGUGACGUGUUUCUGCAUGAAGCCUUUUGCGGGCCGGGCCAUGAUCGAGUGCAACAAGUGUAACACCUGGAUCCACCUGUCGUGUGCUAAGAUCCGCAAGAGCCACGUGCCAGAGACAUAUGUAUGCCAGAGCUGCCGAGAGUCACACGGAACCCUAGAUGCCCGCCGCUCCCAUCGCUCACGCAUUGGCCCGCGUAAGCAUCUGCUAGACUGACCCCCAGGCCGAACCCUGAACUCUGACCCCUACCACUCUUGCUUCCCCUCCACCUGUUGGACUGACCCUUCCUUUAAAAUUCAGGUCUUGCACCCUUCAGUCUCUGUCCUUCAUUAUCAGCCAUGAACUCUUUUUCUAUGAACACUUUGAUGGACCUAUCCCGAGCCCUUAUCCCAUUUGAAAACAGUUUGAGUGUCAUUUUAGAUUUACUAAGGUUUGUUCCUGCUUCCAUACAGACUCUGUGCGUAAGGCAAUCACUGAAUUGAUGUCUGUCUGUAGAUGACAUUAGCAUAGCAGCAAACCUCUACUGUUGGGACUGUGUGUCUUGUGAACACUGGAAACUUUUGAACUGCCAUAUAGAGAGAAUUCCCUCACAACUGCCACCCACUAUGGUGCAUGCUGGGAUUUGUGGGAAAAAAAGACAGUUUGCACUUUUAUUUUAUUUUCUUGAAAAAAAGAACCCCUAUGACCUUUCUGUCAUAGGAACAAGUUUGUUUUUCUGAUUAAACUGGAUUUGAUUUCUCUUACAUGCUUCUUGCUACACAAUUAACUGUUAAAAAUGAGACAACAAGUUAAGCCUUGUGUUAGUUGCUUCAGAUGGUGCUAUAGUAUUAAUCUGAGGUAUAAUCCAAUAGAACAAAGAUGUAGGAUAAAAGGCUAAAGUCUGCAUCCGCUUCAUAUGUUUGUUGUUCCGUUUUGUUAUUUAAGACAUUGUGAAAGAAUAUCAUUGAGGCUUGAAGCCUGUGCAACUGAACCGAGCGCUUGUCCCUCCUGUUUCUACUACUACUACUACUGCCUCGGCUAUUCUGCUAAUAUUAAAAUGUUACUUGGCCACACAUUAGCUUUCCCACAAUUUCCCUUUGAAAAUGUUUCACCAGUGUUCUUAUUUCAUCAGAAUUUUUAUUUCUGAUGAUUUUUUUCAUUAAAAACAAUUUAGUAAUUCACAGAUAAUAUAAAGCCAGAUGUCAAGGUUUUUUCCCCUCUGGUCAGUGUUUUUGCUGCAUUUUAUGACGGGAUUCAACAAUGACUUUUAUUUUCCAACACAGUCACCUUGGUUUUAAACCGUUUCAUGCUCAUGACAGUGUUUUCAGAGACGAGUAUAUUUAUAGAAGGGAACUCCUAUGGCCGUCCUGUUUAAGUAUCGUUAGAAAAAAACUAUCUUAACUGGAAAAGUGUUCUGAGAAAGAUCCUCUCAAAAGUCCAGUUGAAAUUAUGCAUGCGAGUGUGUGUUUGCUUGAAUGGUUAACAUUGUGUGAGGGUGUUGGCAAAGCAUGUGCUGCUAUGGCUCAACUAAGCUCAAAGGUUAUGGUCCUCUGUAAGAUGACGAAAUGGAUAUUUUGAAAGUACCAUGGGCAGGGUCGGUUUGUUUUGUUUGUCUCUGAAGGGUGGAUCAAAAUAACAGAUCUCAUCUCCUAUCACCUCUCACUGACGCUUUCACAGCAGUAUUCACUCACUUCCAAAUCGAGCAGGUUUAUCGGAAAAAAUGUUUUUUUUAGGCUCUUUUUUUUUCCUAGUACUUGCUGGAAAUUGGAUUUAAAGCCUCGUUAUUCAUGUGCCAUCUGCUGUUGUUUCUGAUUAUAUAAAAGCCAUACUGUAGUGACAGAUUUUAGACUCAGAACCUUUUAUAUUAGUCCAGGAUGGGAUUUUACAAUGCAGAAUCAAUGACUUGACUGGGCAAUGACUAACACACACAAUGAAUGUUUGUUAUGUGAAGAACAUACAACUUUCUAAGAGUUCAAAGUGGUCAAGCUUGUCUCUGCUCUCUUGUCUUCUGGGUUUUACAAAUGUUGGUUAACUAGUUCGUACCCAGCAAUCGCCAGAUCUUAAAGAACAUCAGGUUGUGAUGUUUUCAAGACGUUUCAAGACCUAAAAUUAUUUGCUGUUUCUCUGGACUUUCAUGUCUUGAUGAGAACCUGAGGAGACUUCUUCAGGCACAAUUGUGUAAUUUUAGUCUGCGUCUUUAAGACAUCAGUGUAAUAAUGUUAGCAUUGCUCAUUGUGAUACAGCUCGUUUAUUCUGAUCUUGGGUUAUCCUAUCCCCUUAUUGAGAAAGCGUUGUCUGUACUGUGGUGCAAACUGUUUCUGUGAAACUAUUGUAAACUAUUGUAAAUAAAGA